UAGCAAGCUGAAAAUUUGUUAAUAGCUUAAGUCGGCGCACACAGUGGAGGCGGUUUCCGCUUACGGUUAAACCGCGCGGACCCGCUUUUAAACGUUUUCAAAAAGAAUGCACGUCUUUAAAUGUACACGAACAUAGUCAAAGCAGGUCCGCGCGGGCCAACCGCUUCAACCCGCCUGACCGCUUUUGCUAGAAUGAGAAUUUAGUUUUUUCCACGCGGUUUUAAUGUUUACUCGAAUGAGAGUUUAGUUUAUUCCCUCUUUUAUAAUAAGAAUUAAUAGUUCUCCAUGGAUUAAUUUUAUAAAUUGUACAUUAUAAUAAACAAAAGUAAUAGUCAAUCUUAUUGAUACCGUAAUUUUGUGUGAUUUAGGUAUUUCUAAACUCAUUCCAGUAUUAACUAUUGCUAAAUAAGUACUUGAAAAAUAAAUUUACAACAAAACUACUUACCUCAAUGUUAUAACAAGCCUUUCUUCCGGAAGGAUAGCCUGCUUAUGUAAAUUACACCAGUUUUUAAUUAAACGAUACUCCUUCUUUUUAUUAAAGUGCCUAUCCGUUCCGGAUGUUGGCGAUCAUCAUGGCUAUCUUGACUUUGUUUACCGCAGCGCGGAACAGUUCAGUGGUAGUGGUGUUAUACCACUUUCGUAAAUUUUGAAGCCAGGAAAUGCGUCUUCUUCCCGGUCAUCUUUUACCAUUUACCUUCUCUUGGAGAAUCAGUUCGAGAAGACCGUAACGUUCUUGAUUUCUCAUUACAUGUCCUAGAUAUUCUAAUUUUUUUGUUUUGAUGGUUAUGAGAAUUUCACACUCUUUCCCCAUUCUACGCAAGACUUCCACAUUAGUAAUUCGGUCAACCCAGGAUAUACGUAAGAUGCGCCUAUAACACCACAUUUCGAAAGCUUCGAGCCGAUUCAUAGAUGCAACAGUUAGUGUCCACGCUUCCAUUCAGUAGAGCAGAACUGUGAAUAUGUAGCAUUUCAACAGACAGUAUUUUGUUUUUAAUGAUAUGUCUCGACUGUUGAAAAUGGGUCUCAUUCUAAAGUAUACUGCUUUCGCUUUUAUUAUUCGCUGUUUAAUUUCUGUUGAGUAGUCCCAUUGGCUAUUUAAAUUCGUACCCAGAUAUGUAUAUUGCUCAACUCUUUCGAUAUUCUGUUGGUUGACUGUAAGUUGAGCGUUUAAUAUUGGUUUUAACGAUACUCCACUUUCUCCAAAAUAUAUUUAAAAGUCUCUUGAGUCAUUCUCGUAUACCUACUGGAAGAAUCGUUCAUUAUCUUUUAAUUUUUGAAAUAGAUGAUGAUAUUCUCCAUAAAUUAAUCUUUCUCGAUUAAUAGGAUAUACACCAACUCUCUUUCUUUUCAGUUUAGUCAAAACAGAAUCCAAAGCAAUUAUAUCGUCAUCGGAAGACGACAUUUUGCUACGAGUAGUAGACGCAACUGCCAAAUGUGAACGAUCUCUCUCGCUUUUACCCGUCUUCACUGUGUUACCAUACACGCGCGCGAGAACCGCGCAGUUUGCCCGUAAGCGGAAACCGCGUCCACUAUGUGUGCCGCCUAAGGGUGUCUAGUCAGACAAACUUUGAUAUAUGGGAACACUGGAACAGGGGAAGUUUUAAUUGUGGAACAGGUUAAAAAUUUGGAACGGUCAGACCACGAAAACGGCACAUGUAUUUUGUCCGACAGAACAGACUUAAAGUCUCCGAACAGAGAAUUAUUAACUCUCAUGCAAAAAUCAGACUGCUAUUUAUCACCAAACGGUCGUUUUAAUGCUAUUUAUCACCGGUCAUAAUUCCUGUCAUUUGACAUAUUCUACAUGUUCCACUCAUUAAAUUAAUUGCAGUCUGAUUUUUGCAUGAGAGUUUAAUCUCUGUUCGGAGAGUUUGAGUCUGUUCUGUCGGACAAAAUAAAUGUGCCGUUUUCGCGGUCUGACCGUUCCAAAUUUUUAACCUGUUCCACAAUUAAAACUGCCCCUGUUCCGGUGUUCCCAUAUAUCAAAGUUUAUUCGACUAGACACCCUUAAGCUAUUAACAAAUUUUCAGGUCUAUUAAUCAACUUUUUUUUCAUACGCGGGAUCCAGACCUAGAACUGUUUCAGCUUUCUGAUUAGAGUCUUCAGCAAGAGUAUGAAGAGCAGUUUUGAAAGAGUUGUAACCUUUAUACAAAUGUGUUGUUGCAUGUGUCCUUGCAGUCUAUUUUGUGCUGCUUAUUCUUUUAAGGUCUAGAUAGUGGUGAAUGAGAUCGCUUAGUGGAGUUUCAUUUAAGCAUUUGAUCAUAACUUCCCAACGGUAGCAAUUAGGUACAUAUACCCACGUGUCUAGUACGGUGACUCUUACUGUAUAGUGCCCUAAUUUGGAUGGUAGGUAUCAUGUGACGUCACGGGCUAUGACGCGGAUGACGUGCAACGCUAGCCCUAGCCAUACGUCGCUAAACACUGUGACUGAUCACUGAGGCUAAAACUACGAGACUUGCACAGGGGAACUCCUGUAAUGUAAAGUGUUGUGUAAACUUGAUUGCCCUUUAGAUAUUGAAUAAUUAUGGAUGUUAAAGUCGAAGUUAAAGAGGAAUUGGAGGAGUAUGACCAGAGAUACGUGGCCAGUCAGCUAUCCACAGAAGUACAUCUCCCAGAAUUCAAGGAUGAACCUGACAAAUAUUCACUUCAAAUAGGAAAUCAUAAUGAUUCAGAGGAGGAGCACAGACUGAAAAUUAUGAAAACACCUUCGCCUGAUAAAGAAGAAGGAUAUAUAAGUCGACAAUCUGAAGAGAAAAUGGCACAAGGAUCUUACCCAUGUAAACCUUGCGAUUUUAAAAGUCAUAAGAAAGUUCACACUGGAGAAAGAGAUUAUAAAUGUGAAAUUUGUCUUAAGCACUUUACACAACAAAGUAAUUUAAAUGGACAUAUGAGAGUUCAUACUGGCGAAGGACUUUAUAAGUGUGAAACUUGUCUUAAGCGGUUUACUCAAAAACACAAUUUAAAUAAACAUAUGAGUGCUCACACUGGAGAAAGACCUUAUAAAUGUGACAUUUGUCUUAAGCAAUGUUUUAGCAAAUCUGUUUUAAAUGAACAUAUCAAAGUUCACACUGCAGAAAGACUUUAUAAAUGUGAAAUUUGUCUUAAGAAGUUCACUCGAAAAGCUCAUUUAAAUAAACAUAUGAGCAUUCAUACUGGUAUAAGACCUUAUAAAUGUGAAAUUUGUCUGAAGCAGUUCACUCAAAAAGUUAAUUUAAAUGGACAUAUGAGAGUUCACACUGGUGAAAGACCUUAUCAAUGUGAAAUUUGUCUUAGGCAAUUUACACAUAAACGUAAUCUAAAUAACCAUAUGAAAGUUCAUACUGGUGAAAAACCUUAUAAAUGUGAAAUGUGCCCAAAGCAGUUUACUGAAAAAAAAAGUUUAAAUAAACAUAAAAAUUCACACACGACAAAUUUGUCUUAAGAGUAAACAGUAGCGAUCAACAGGUAGCAAUAAAAUAUAACUUCGGGAGAUAGUAUCAUAAACUUUGGCAACAUUGGUAAUCUUUGACAUUAUGUAAGAUUAAUAUUAUUGACAAUUUAACUCAUAGGCGCGCUAAAUGGAAGUAACCGAAAACAAUUUUGUUAUUAGUAAAUAAAUAUUUAUAAAAAUAAACCCAAAUGGGUGAAAAUUUUAUGUUAACAUAGGUAUUUGUACGAAAAAAUAAUAAUAAAUAAUAAUUUCAUUGUGAAGCGAAACGAGAGCAGUCAAAGGCACUCUAGAACACCCUUUAACCCUUCUUAGGGUCCCAUCAGAGGUGCAUAUUUCAUUCUCUGAACUACUAAAAUUCGGGCUACCGUUAUCGGUUCACAACGAAAUGAUGGCAUGAAUGCCGUGGCGGUAUCUGCUAAAGACGAACGAAAGUUUUACUUCUAAUAUUAACAAUAUCAAAAUAAAAUAAAACUUAGAACUAGUCUUCUGGUUAAACCAAUCGUGGCUUGUGGCUUCUAAAAUUUGCAAGCCAACGAAUUGCCGGAGCUAAGAAGGCCGAGGGAAAUCUACCAGGUUAAGUCGUAGUUCACGGAAUGAUUAUUUAUUAUUUUGAUUAGUUCUACUCGUAAUCUGAGUAUUCGGAACUAAGCUUUGUUGGAAUUUUACCGUGCUGGACAGGCGGGAAGUGAGAUGCAGCCUGAUAGAUCUUCCUCAGCAUUGUUAUAGCUCCUGCACUUUUUAUAAAAAUACACUUUCUUCAAUUUUUUUAUCCGAUGCCUAGAUUUUGUGUCAUUUUGGAACUACUAAUGAAAUAAAAAAUUUUAGUAGUUCCAAAAUUACACAAAAUCUAGGCAUCGGAUAAAAAAGUUUAUUUGAAGAAAUUGUAUUUUUUUGUUCUUCUUAAUGGCGGUACAGGCUCGUUUUUUUAAUAUUGUAUUUAAUUACAGAGUAAUUUCCACAUAUUAAUAUAUUUUUCAAAUUGGGCCCUGUACCGCCAUUCUUUAUUUUAUUACGAAUACGUGUGCCAAAUAUCUCGAAAAAAUAUUCAAAAUUACAGCCGCAAUCUUGGAACGCGUUUUUGCUACCUGUUGAUCGCUACUGUAUCACCUUUAGCAAAAAUAAAUUUUUUCGGGUUCAAAAAUUGCAAUUUUUCGAUUUUAAGUUCAACCGCGUUUAUCUCGAAAACUAUGUAUCCUACGAAAAAACUUGUCAGAACAGUUUUUGCUUAGAAUGACCCAAAAAAUACAAAAAAAAAAUGUUUUGUUUUGCGAGAUAUCGCUGUUAUGUAAUUCCUCAAGUUCUUUGUUUAUAACAAUCUUAUCGACAUCCGGAUCAACUGUUACCCAACAAAUUCGUGUUCUACGGGUCAAGAUACAUAAAAAAAUCUUGGGUAAGACCAUCUGAAUAAAGGAGGCCGUUGUACCCCCUUGGCGACAGGACUAUGAAUAUCUACCUAAAAAAAAUUGGCAUUUGUACUGUAGUCAGGAUUUCUGUACCUAAACAUAGAUUUAUUACGAAUUUCAUUUUCAUGGGAAACAACUUUUCACACUUUUUUUAUGUAUGACAACAGUAGAUUACUUCUCAUAGGUACUUACAUUGUUAAAAUUUGUGGUGGCUCCAAUUUCGAUGUUCUCAUAAUUUUGGCACGGCUUUUAAUGGACUUUUUCGUGGAGUUAUUAGCUUUAUUUGUCGUUUGAUUAACUUUUCCCAUUUCGUUAAACUAUUGAUAAUAUGUUAAAAAUAAAAUAUCCUAAAUCUUUAUACUCGCAUUAGAAUUCGAAAUGUUUUUACGUAAAAUAUACUUACCUACCUACAUAGAACUGAACUAAAACACAAUUAACAACAAUCUAUUAUUUCAAACAGGCCAACAACUUAUACAACAACAACAAAAAUAUAAUAAAUAACUAUCAAUAAACACUAUUUCCUAUGAAACAACUAUAACGAAUUCUUAAAUUAACACACUACUGCACUGGACUGAUAUCAAUAAAGAUGACAGAACAAAUUAGAGAAAAUCUGACGCAGGUUUGUCAAAAUGACACUGAUAAUUUCUCUAUGUUGCCUAAUUAGUUAUUUAGUUAUAAUAUGUUCGAUUUCUUGUUAGAAAUAAAAAAUUUUAGUAGUUCCAAGAUUACACAAAAUCUAGGCAUGCGAUAAAAAAGUUUAUUUGAAGAAAGUUUAUUAUUUUUUUCUUCUUAAUGGCGGUACAGGCUCAUUUUUUCAAUAUUUUAUUUAGUUAUAGAGUAAUUUCCACGUACUAACAUAUUUCUAAAAUUGGGCUCUGUACCGCCAUUCUUUAUUAUAUUACGAAUAUGUGUGCCAAAUAUCUCGACAAAAUAUUCAAAAUUAGAGCCGCAAUAUUGGAACGCGUUUGCUGCUACCUGUUGCUCGCUACUGUAGCCUCUUAAGGAAUUUUUUCAAAAAAGGUAGAUCAAGUCCGGAUUUAAGGCAGUGCAGCCCCUGGGCAAAACUGCUGUGGGGACCUUAGGGGAAGUGCGGGAACAGUGUUAUAACUUUUUUUCAAUUCGUCACAAAGUUGACUGACAUUAAUUUUUUAAGUUUAUUUUAUCAUUAUAUAAUACUAUAUAGUUUACUAUGUUAUUGAUAAGGUAUUAUAGUCUAGUAAAAUAAAAUUACACUACCUGUAAAUCAAAAUGUAAAUUCGUACAGGUUGAAACAAAUUUUAUAUCAAA